GCGGCCGGAGAGGGCCGCAGCCAUGGCCGCCAUGGCCGACACGGCCGCGCCGCAGCCGCCCACCGCCCCCGGGCCGGGGCUCCCGUCCGCCCCCGGCACCAACCCGCUGUCCCGCAAGCUCAACAAAAUCCUGGAGACGCGCCUGGACAACGACAAGGAAAUGCUGGAAGCACUCAAGGCUCUCUCGACCUUUUUUGUGGAAAACAGUUUGCGCACCCGAAGAAACUUGCGUGGAGACAUUGAACGACGGAGCUUGGCCAUAAAUGAAGAAUUUGUGCACAUAUUCAAGCAAGUUAAAGAGGAACUUGAGAGUAUAAACGAAGAUGUGCAAGCAAUGAGCAGCUGCUGUGAAGACAUGUCCAGUCGUUUGAAGGCAGCAAAGGAACAAACCCAGGACUUGAUUGUAAAAACCACAAAACUCCAGGCAGAAAAUCAGAGAUUAGAAAUGAAAGCACAAGUUGCAGAUGCAUUCAUAGCAAAAUUCCAACUGACACCGGAUGAAAUGAACCUGCUUCGAGGCACGAAAGAUGAGCCAAUUACUGAGGAUUUUUUCAAGGCUUUAGGACGAGUAAAGCAAAUUCAUGAUGAUGUCAAGAUUCUCCUCCGGACAAAUCAGCAAAGGGCAGGGUUGGAAAUUAUGGAACAGAUGGCUUUACUGCAAGAGGCAUCUUAUGAACGACUUUACAGAUGGACUCAGAAUGAAUGCAGGACAUUGACACAAGAAUCAUGUGACAUUUCUCCAGUUCUCGCUCAAGCCAUGGAAGCCUUACAAGAUAGACCAGUCCUGUACAAAUACACAUUGGAUGAGUUUGGGACAGCACGAAGGAGUGCUGUGGUCCGUGGCUUUAUAGAUGCUCUUACUAGAGGAGGUCUGGGAGGUACUCCCCGCCCUAUUGAAAUGCACUCGCAUGAUCCUCUGAGGUAUGUAGGAGACAUGCUGGCCUGGUUGCAUCAAGCUACAGCUUCCGAAAAAGAACACCUAGAAGCUAUGUUAAAGCUUGUAACUGUUCAAGGUGUGGAAGAAAAUAUUCAAGAAGUAGUUGGGCACAUCACAGAAGGUGUCUGCAGGCCUCUGAAGGUUAGAAUUGAGCAGGUGAUUGUUGCUGAGCCAGGAGCAGUUUUACUGUACAAGAUUUCUAAUCUUCUCAAGUUCUACCACCAUACAAUCAGUGGUAUUGUAGGAAACAGUGCAGCCACACUGUUGACAACAAUUGAAGAAAUGCAUUUGUUGAGCAAGAAAAUAUUCUUUAAUAGCCUGAGUCUUCACGCAAGUAAACUGAUGGACAAGGUUGAACUCCCACCUCCUGAUCUUGGCCCAAGCUCUGCGCUAAAUCAGACACUUAACUUGCUACGGGAGGUUCUGGCGUCUCAUGACUCAUCUGUUAUUCCGCUGGAUGCCCGUCAGGCUGACUUUGUGCAGGUUCUGUCUUGUGUGCUAGAUCCGUUGUUACAGAUGUGUACUAUGUCUGCAAGUAAUUUGGGCACAGCCGAUAUGGCAACCUUUAUGGUGAAUUCGCUCUAUAUGAUGAAGACUACUUUGGCUCUCUUUGAAUUCACUGACAAACGUCUAGAAAUGUUGCAGUUUCAGAUUGAAGCUCAUUUAGAUACACUCAUAAAUGAGCAAGCUUCCUACGUGUUAACAAGAGCUGGUCUAAGUUACAUAUAUAAUGCUCUGCAGCAACACAAACCGGAACAGGGUCCUCUUUCAAAUUUGUCAAGUAUGGAUUCCGUGUCCCUGAAGGUUGCAAUGGCUCAGUUUGAUCGCUAUCUCUCUGCUCCAGAUAGUCUAUUAAUGUCCCAGCUGAAUUUCCUUCUGAGUGCUACUGUGAAAGAGCAGAUAAUAAAACAGUCAACAGAACUGGUCUGCAGAGCCUACAGUGAGUUAUAUGCAGCUGUGAUGGAUCCUUCAAAUGAAUAUAAGGAUCCAGAAACCAUACUACACAGAUCUCCUCAUCAAGUUCAGGCACUCCUUUCAUAGUCUUGCUUCCCCCAGAUCUAUCAGAAUCCAUAAUUCUGUAUUUGCAUUGAAUUAUUUUUCUGCUUUGAAUUUCAAUGUGUAACUGUAUAGUUAAAGUAUGUAGGAAUGCUGUUUUGUUUAAUCUGCUCGGCAGAAGUCUAGUCUUUCCUGUAUCUCUUGAAUACUUUCUAUAGGCCAGAAAAUAGAAUAUAGAUUAAAAAUUAUUUUAAUGUAUUUCUCUGAUGGAAAUGGACCUUGACAAUGUGCAAUCUCUUUGAAAAAGGAGAAAAGCUUUUUCCUUGCUGUACAUAAUCCUUUCAACUACAGAGUUAACCAGUGUCUCUUAUGACCUCACCAGUAUUUUUGUUUGCUCCAUUGUCUGUUCUUUCACUCUUUUUCUCAGCCUAUCAUCAGUAAACACUGAUAACUGAAAUUUUAAUACAAGUAAUACACUUUGAAUGACUCAUGCAUUACUUUUGCAGCUCAUAAAUCAUUUCAGAAUACUUGAUGCUCUUUUGCAAAUCCUCUUGAUUAAAUCUUUGAGUCAAAAUUUGUGUGGAUUUUUUUGGAAUCCAUUAUCUAUGUUUUCUGUAAGAAAAAGAAAUGUUUGAACUACAUGCGUCUACAUAACCUGGAACUUAAUGCUUUAAAUUAUUUGUAUAAUUUUGUUUUACUGGAAGGAUUUUGGUUUAGUGCAGUUGUUUAGUAGGAAUCCUUUUGUCAGUUGAAACUUGCUGAUCUCUUAAGGCUGGGACCAAUAACAAUGUAGGUUAGAAAAGUGGCUUACACAGCAAUAUGGCCAUUUCUCCUUCGCAUGUUUAUGUUUUUUGUUUUACUUCUUUUCAUGUGCAGAAGAAGUCCAUCUGCUCUAGUACAAGCAUUUAUUCAGUUCAUAAUCCACCAGGAUAUUUUCAUGGUUCACGUGUCUGCAGCAGUGCUCCUAAAAAUUAGUUCAUCUGUGGCAGCCACAGGUUGUCUUGGGAAUUAUAUAGGAGAGCCAGAGUGUGCAGAUGUUCCAGGCUGAUGCAUAGAGAGCCAUAAGUGAAGAAUUCAUUUCUUUCCUCCUUUAGUGCAAAGCUGAAGCUACUCCAUGUAGAAACCCUGACAUUAUAGAGUUAUGAUGUAGGGGACUUUGCUUACAGGAAAAGACAAAAAUAAAUAAGUAGGACACUUGUUCUCUGUUGGGCCUUGUGAUAAUUUUCUGCAACAUCCUUAAACAUAGACUUCUUUUAGGAAAGUAUUGUUAAAGAGAAGCCUUCAGGAAACAAAAAGUUAGUAAAAUGAAUUUGUGACUAGUUCUUUUGUUCAUUUGGGUUUUUAAAGAUAAUUUAAGCUAACUGUUUUGUUAGAAACAUUUCACUUAUUUAUACCCCUCUUUGCUGUUGUAUGAGUGCCACAGAAUUAUUACAGUUGCCUGAGUUUACUCUCACAUUAAAUGUGACUUAUUUUAUAUAUAUCAAGGGAGAGAUGAGCAGUCAUUCAUAUUGAAUAACUCAUUUUUAUUAGUAAUAAUAUUCCACAUAUAAAAUAUAUACUUACUGGCAGCUAAGUCUGCAGUUUAGUAUAUGCUUGCAAAAGAGCAAAACAUAAGAAGAGCAGCAGCAAUACAUUUUAGCCUCUCGGAAAACUCAUUGCACAAAAUACAUCCAAUGCGCUCAGAAGCAGCUUCUUUAGUAAUACCACAGCAAAGCAAUAGCUCCUUUUCCAAAUGGGUGUAAUUUGUUGGUAUAGUAGAAAAAGACUGAAAAGUGAAAGUGUCCCUGGAGUUCUUGGAUCAGGCAUAAAUCUUUCUGUAAAUAUGAAUGUUAGAUUUCUUCUGUUUAAAGUCUCUAGACCUGUAAGGCAAAAAAUUCUAGAAUCUUAGAAAACCUCUAAUGCAAAAUUCUGCUCUUUUACCAGGUAAGGCACUUUAUAUUACUCAGAUUUUGCAUUACCAUAGUAUACAUUCAGGCGGCUGUUCAUUGUUGUUUAAUAAUGUUAAUAUUGCUUAAUAUGCCUAUAAUUAUUACCUAAUAGAUGAAAAUUACAUUGGUUGUGAAAGGACUAUAAAUUAGCUUGUUAUUAGAUGAACAUGCUCAUAAGAGUGAACUUUUUCCUGAAAUUACACUCAACCUCGGUCUCCAAUAAUCAGUCAGUAGUUUGCAUGAGGAUUAGUAAGAAGUUGCUUCCUAUCUUUGAUUCCAUAUAGAGACUUACCCGUGAUUUUGUCUUCUCUUGAUAAAAAUGCAAAAGCUAUGGAAGUUGUAAUUUAGGCAAAUCAAAGUCAAUUGGUAAUUUUGGUCUGUGCAAUUAAAGUAAAUGACCAAUGGUCACAAAUGAGAAAGGGCAUCAAUAAAAAAUUUGAUUACUGA